GGAGACCCUGCACGAAACAGCGCGGGAUGGCCAGCAGGUCCCGGACAGCUUCGUGUUGGGCUUCCCAACCUGUAGAGGACAGUGUCUUCCGUUUGCUCGGCCAGGAUCCUUGCCUUCUCCUCGACGUCCUUCUUUCUCUCUCUGCGCUGUCGUCUCCACUGGGACGUCUCUGCCUCUGGCUUCACUGGAUGCCUGGGACCCAACCACUGCUCCUUACCCCAGUGCUCUCACUCCAGCCCCAGGACCUUCAUCUUCCACUGGAACUAGGACCCCUCUCCUCUCUGUGGCAGUCUCAGAUGGGGGUCAGAGCGCACCACCCUGUCCAAGGCCUUCCGGAGGCUUCUCCUCCUGUGGAAUGAAAUCCAAGUCCUUACCACGUCCUUCGAGCCCUGCAGGCCUGUGCCUUUGUUUUCAUGCUGCGUGGAAGGCUCUUCCCGAAGAAAUCUCGGAGCCCGUUCUCACACUGCUUGUAUUUCUGCCUAAAUGUCGCCUCAGCAGGGGGCUCCUGAUCACCCAUCUGAGAUAGCGCCUGUGUCUUCCUCCCCGCCUCUCUCCCCUGAAGCUGCUGGAGGCCUGUCAGAGCACUGUCACUGCCUGCGUGCUAGGUGGCUGUGUGUUUACUGGCAUCUCCCCUGCAGGAAUGGAAACCCACUGAGGACAGGGACCGUGUCCGCGGGAUUGUCGUCAUUCAAGGAUAUAUCUAUGGAGUUCACCUGGGAAGAAUGGCAGUUACUGGAUUCUGCGCAGAAGCACCUGUACCGGGAUGUGACUCUGGAAAACUAUAGUAACCUGGUGUCUGUGGGGUAUCAUGGUACCAAACCUGAUUUAAUCUUCAAGUUAGAGCAAGGAGAAGAGCCAUGGAUAAUAAACGCGGAAGUUUCCUGUCAGAGCGGUCCAGAAGGUUGGCAAGAAUGGUACCAGAAAAAUCAAGAUGAACUCGAAAGUGUUGAGAGAAGCUAUGCUUGUAAUGCAUUUGGAAAGCUUCAUCUGAGCAAAAGCCACAUUUCUUCAAGACAAAGUCUCCUUAAAUAUAAUACACAUGGAAAAAGCUUGACACAAAACUUAACUUCAGCCAGAAACUAUCUAAGACAGAAUCCUGAUCAGUUUCAUGGGUGUGAUGAAUCAUAUUUUCUUAAGCAUCAAAGAACUCAUAGUAUAGAAAAAAGCUGUGUAUGUAGUGAAUGUGGGAAAGCUUUUCGUUGUAAAUCACAGCUCAUUGUACAUCUCAGAAUUCAUACAGGAGAGAGACCAUAUGAAUGCACUAAAUGUGAGCGAGCCUUCAGUGCCAAGUCAAACCUCAAUGCUCAUCAGAGAGUCCACACAGGAGAGAAGCCCUAUUCCUGUAUCGAGUGUGGGAAAGUCUUCUCAUUCAGGUCACAGCUCAUUGUCCAUCAGGAAAUUCACUCAGGAGGGAAACCUUACGGUUGCAGUGAAUGUGGGAAAGCCUACAGCUGGAAAUCACAGCUUAUUUUACACCAGAGAAGCCAUACAGGAGUGAAACCCUAUGAAUGCAGUGAAUGUGGGAAAGCCUUUAGUCUGAAGUCCCCAUUCAUUGUGCACCAGAGAACUCACACAGGAGUGAAACCUCAUAAAUGCAGUGACUGUGGGAAAGCCUUCCGGAGUAAGUCGUAUCUCCUCAUUCACAUUAGGAUGCACACGGGAGAGAAGCCCUAUCAGUGCAGGGAUUGCGGGAAGGCCUUCAGCAUGAAGACACAACUCGUUGUGCACCAGGGAAUUCACACAGGAAAUAAUCCUUAUCAGUGCAGUGAAUGUGGGAAGGCCUUCGGUAGGAAGGAACAGCUCACUGCACAUCUGAGAGCUCACGCAGGAGAGAAGCCCUAUGGGUGCAGUGAGUGUGGGAAAGCCUUCAGCAGCAAGUCAUACCUCGUUAUACACCGGAGAGCACACACAGGAGAGAGACCCUAUGAGUGUAGCUUCUGUGAGAGGGCCUUUUGUGGGAAAUCACAGCUAAUUAUACAUCAGAGAACUCAUUCAACAGAGAAGCCCUAUGAAUGCAGCGAAUGUGAGAAAGCCUAUCCUAGGAAGGCAUCACUUCAGAUACACCAGAAGACUCAUUCAGGAGAAAAACCCCACAAAUGCAGUGAAUGCGGGAAAGCCUUCACUCAGAAGUCGUCUCUCAGUGAACAUCAGAGAGUUCAUACAGGAGAGAAGCCGUGGAAAUGUUCUGAAUGUGGGAAAUCCUUCUGUUGGAAUUCAGGGCUUCGUAUACAUCGAAAAACUCACAAGUGAGAAAUCAGAACGGAGUAGAUGUUAGAAGCAUUCUCACAGAAGCUGAUCCACAGGAGACUUCAGAUGAUAAUAGAGGCAGGAAGUCCUAAAAAUACUCUCUUAUCAAAUUAGUCAUAUGAGAGAGAAGCCAAUCAUAUUUGGAAUGAAUGUGCAAAAGCUUUCAGAAAUAAGUCAUACAAAUCUUUAUACACGAGAAAAUAGUUGCAGGAGUACAGAGCAGUAACUGUAUCAGAUGUGGUAGCCUGAUUAUGAAGAUUUAACUUGGGGAAUUCAUAUUGAGAAGCCCUUGUAACUUUAAUAAAUCAGGAAAGCACUUCCCAUGGAAGCUGUGUUACAUGGGGAGUCGUGUUCCAGAUGUGCUGAAGAAAGUCUUGGUAGAGAGUAAAGUUGUUUUUUAUUUUAAUAUGUAACUAGAGUAAUAGCAGGAAAAGGGCAAGGAACAUACUCUGAAGGUUAAGGGGUAUGGAGUGAGACUUUCCUGAGUAACACUGAAUAGCGUUUUAAAAAUUUUUGGUAUUUUAUUUUUAAAUGUAACUUGUUAUGUUUGAUAGUUUGUGGUAUAACACCCUCUAAUAUUUUCCAUAUUAAAUGCUAAGGAUCA